AUGUUCACUGAUGAUAGUGAACUCAAUGUUGAAUCAUUGAUUGAGAACUUGAAGGAUGCGAUAAUGGAGGAAUUGUCUGUGUUAUGUGUGACCAGGUCUUUCAUGUUCCUCUCUGCUCUCUCUGUUCCUUUCUCUGCCGCUUCUCUUCAAUCUUCUACACCUGCCUCUGUGUCUGAUUCUCUCACUCCUGCUACCCCUGUUCCUGCAACCCUCACUCCUGCUACUUCUGGUUUUGCUGUCUCUGCUUUUGUUAUCAGCUCUCUCUUUGCUUCAGUGUCAGAGACCAUUCUGAUUGAAGAUGAUAACACUGCUGAGACUAUUCUCUUCUGUCUCUAA